AUGGCCAGGAGCGGUAUAUUGUCUAUGCCCGCGGCGUUUAGCGAUGGUGGUCUAGUGAUCGCAUCGAUCUGUACGCCAAUCAUAGGCCUAAUAACCACCUAUUGUGUGCAUUUACUGGUUAGAGUGAGCGAGCACGUUUGCAACGAGCUGGAAUUGCCCGUACAGGAUUACGAAGAGGUUGCUGAAUUAACAUUGGAAAAUGGCCCGGUAACAUUGCGGCAUUGGUCGCGUACGGUAAAAUUUGCAACAUCUCUAUUCAUAGUGGCCAGUCAAGUGGGCGCAUGCGCCGUAUACUACCUGUUUAUAGCCGAAAAUUUAAAAGCAUUUUUCGAUAACUAUAAUGUGUUUGGCCCGGAUGUCACCCUGAACGUUUAUUUGAUUGUAUUACUGCCCCUGAUCAUAGCGCUGCAAUUUAUCAAGAAUGUUCGCGUUAUGGCCAUACCAUCGGCCAUUGCCAACCUAUUACAGGUGCUCGGACUGGGCAUUAUAUUUUACAACAUUGUUCAAUUUGACCCUAAUGCUGGCAUGCCAUUAUAUCGGACCAUGGCCAACCCAAAAGCAUUUGCCCGGCCCAUUGUGGGAGUGGUUGAUAUGACCAACAUAAUAAUUAUAUCGCUGAAUUUUCUACUCGAACCCAUAUACCAGAGCGUUCAGCUCAUGUACGCGUUUGCUGUACUGAUGACAUACCCCAUAACAAUGUAUGUGCCCAUUGAAAUGCUAUGGCCUAAGAUUAGCAACAAGCUAAUUGAUAAUAAAUUAUCACCAGCUACCAUAAAUGUGACCGAGUACCUAUUUAGAGCUGGCACAAUCAAUCAGCUCGAGUAUGGCUAUUUAGCAAGAAUUUAA